UCCGAAGAAGAAGUUAGCAUGUUAAGAUGAUCCACUGUCCCGAAAGAGUGAAGAAUAUCUUCGGAAAGUGCUAAGAGUUGACUGUUCUGAGCGAUUUUUUGACGUUGGAAAAUGUCCAAGUUUCGGGGUCUUUUAGUUGUCCCUGUGGUGAUCCAGUCGCUGUCGGUGAGGGAAGAAGAGGUUUCCUCCUAGCCGCAUGAGGGAAAAUCCAGUCUGGACCAGGAGAUUAGUGAGCCUCUGCACAUUAAAGAGGAACCAGAGGAAGUGUUGAGCAGUCAGGAGGAAGAGCAGAGUCAUGAGCCAGAGGAGGAUGAUAAAAGGUUCACUUUUGUUCCUGCCCCUGUGAAGAGGGAGGAAGAUGAGGAGAAUCCUCAGUCCUCACAGAUUUGUCAGAGACAGACUGAAGAGAUGGAAACAGGAGCUGAUGGAGAGGACUGUGGAGGAGAAGAGGCAGCCAGGUGCAUUGACCCAGAGAGAGAUGUGCAUCCGCAGACUGAGGUUCAGACUGACGAAUCCUCUGACCCUCAGACUGAUGGAUCUUCUGACCCUCAGACUGAUGGAUCUUUUGACCCUCAGACUGAUGGAUCCUCUGACCCUCAGACUGAUGGAUCUUCUGACUCUCAGACAGAUGAAUCUGAGAGUGAUGACAGCACUGAUUCAAGGGAAACAACAGAACAUCAGUCAGGUUUAAAGUCAGUGGAAAGAAGCACAAGAAAGAGAGCAAAGACUGAGAAGAAAUCAUACAUGUGCUCUGAGUGUGGCCAAAAAUUUGCCUCUGAAAUAAUUUUGACCAAUCACAUGGCAUUUCAUACCAGUGACAAACCUUUCAGCUGCUCUGUGUGUGGACGGAGUUUUAUCAAACAAGUAAAUUUGAAUAGUCAUAUGAGAGUUCACAAAGCUGGGAAACCUUUUGUCUGCUCUGAGUGUGGUCUGAGAUUUACCUUCAAAGAGGGUUUAUGUUAUCACAUGAAAAGCCACAGAGUACUAAAACCUUUUGGCUGCCCUGAGUGUGAUCGGAGAUUUUCCCAAAGAGGGGACCUGCUCAAACACAUGGAACUACAUGAAGUAAAUCCACAACUCAGCUGCCCUGAGUGUGGCGAAAAAUUUAACUUGAGAUGUGGUCUGAAAGCUCAUCUAGAAAAUCACAUAAGACAGCAAGACUUCAGCUGCUCUGAGUGCGGUCAAUUGUUUAACUGUCUAGUAAGUCUGUCCAAACACAUGGAAGUUCAUACCAGAGAAAAACUUUACAGCUGCUCUGAGUGUGGGAAGACAUUUGCCCAACGAGGAAGUUUGAGUGUACACAUGACUAUUCACACAGGAGUAAAACCUUUUGCGUGCUCUGAGUGUGAUAGGAAAUUUACCCAAAGAGGAGACGCGAUGAAACACAUGAGAAAUCAACAAGCACCAACACAACUCAGCUGCAUUAUGUGUGGCAAAAAAUAUAACCUAAAGUGUGGUCUGAGUGCUCAUCUGAGUGCUCACAAUAAAGAGAAAGACUUCAGCUGCUUUAAAUGUGGCAAGAGAUUUACUCAUGGAGGUGAUCUGAACUCGCAUAUGUUGGUUCACAUGAAACGAAAAACAUGCUGACACCCUCAAACAUCUAGUCAGCGAGAUUAUCAGACAUGACGCUUGGGAAUUGACAUGAAGAGAAACCCUUGAGAUUUUCUGAGUGUUGUGAAAGAUUUAAGUUCAUUUUUAAUCUGAUGGCACAUAAGGCCAGCUACACAGGAGAGACACCGUUCUGCUGUUCUUUAGCAAGUCAUUUACAACCAGAGGCUGAAAUAAACACUGCAGACUUUUCUGAACCUGAGACUGAAGACACUUAAUAUUGGAAGAGGAGAGAUCAUUGGUAUUGUUUACCACCUAAAAAAUGGAGGCUUUCUUUCUUUUAGUGAUGUCAUACUGUUAAGAGAACACUGAAUGUAGUAACGACUCUAUUUUAAGUAUAUAUUGGGAACCCCUUGAUGAUGCCUCAAAUACUUUUUGAAGGCUGUUUUUGCUUUAAAAUUAUUUUUUCUUUUGAAUAAAGUAGGAAGGUUUAAGUUGUUAUAACGUUUCCUUUUAUGUUGCUUAUAUACAGUUAAAAUGGGUUUAUUCAACUGUUAAACCAUCCUCUGGAAUAUUCUGGUAUAGAUGGUCCAUUGGGUCAAACUGAUUCUUUAGGGGUUAAUCUUCAGGUUGUUCUCACUAUCAUAGUGAGAAAACUUUUUUGGAGCAACUCCAAAAGUUCCUGUCUUUCUUAGACGAUUUGCUUCAACACUCUACUUAAGAGCAACCAGUGGAUCUGUUCAACAAUGCGUGGCAUGCUCCCUCUCCAAGUUUCUAGGUGAUAACACAAAGGCAUCACCUGUCUUAACAUAAAAUGAUCAUUUGUGAGCCCCUCUUAAUAAAUUUGUUGUAAAUUGACCAGAGAAUAUCAGUACUGUUUACCCUCUGGAAAACUGUGGCUUUCUCUCAGUGGUAUGGAAUAGAACACUGUUGAGAGCACUGAAAGUAGUCAUACCUUCAUUUGGCAUUGUCUCUUGGGACCCCCCUGAAUAUGAGAUGGUUCAUCUCAAGUGCCCAUCCCUUUAAUCAAAUUUCAAUCUCUUCAAGUAAACUGCACAAGGAGAAAAACAUGUUGGAAUGCAGUAUUUGAGUUUUAAUGCUAGUGAUUUUGAAAAGUUUUAUGCUGUUUUGUU